AUGUGUCAGUACUCACGAGCCUGGAGUGCGGCUCUAUGGAGCGGGGGCGAGUGCGAGCGGGAGGCGGGGGCUCCGCUGCUGUCCUGUGUGUGUGUGUAUGGGUGUAUGUGUCAGUACUCACGAGCCUGGAGUGCGGCUCUAUGGAGCGGGGGCGAGUGCGAGCGGGAGGCGGGGGCUCCGCUGCUGUCCUGUGUGUGUGUGUGUAUGGGUGUAUGUGUCAGUACUCACGAGCCUGGAGUGCGGCUCUAUGGAGCGGGGGCGAGUGCGAGCGGGAGGCGGGGGCUCCGCUGCUGUCCUGUGUGUGUGUGUAUGGGUGUAUGUGUCAGUACUCACGAGCCUGGAGUGCGGCUCUAUGGAGCGGGGGCGAGUGCGAGCGGGAGGCGGGGGCUCCGCUGCUGUCCUGUGUGUGUGUGUGUAUGGGUGUAUGUGUCAGUACUCACGAGCCUGGAGUGCGGCUCUAUGGAGCGGGGGCGAGUGCGAGCGGGAGGCGGGGGCUCCGCUGCUGUCCUGUGUGUGUGUGUAUGGGUGUAUGUGUCAGUACUCACGAGCCUGGAGUGCGGCUCUAUGGAGCGGGGGCGAGUGCGAGCGGGAGGCGGGGGCUCCGCUGCUGUCCUGUGUGUGUGUGUGUAUGGGUGUAUGUGUCAGUACUCACGAGCCUGGAGUGCGGCUCUAUGGAGCGGGGGCGAGUGCGAGCGGGAGGCGGGGGCUCCGCUGCUGUCCUGUGUGUGUGUGUAUGGGUGUAUGUGUCAGUACUCACGAGCCUGGAGUGCGGCUCUAUGGAGCGGGGGCGAGUGCGAGCGGGAGGCGGGGGCUCCGCUGCUGUCCUGUGUGUGUGUGUAUGGGUGUAUGUGUCAGUACUCACGAGCCUGGAGUGCGGCUCUAUGGAGCGGGGGCGAGUGCGAGCGGGAGGCGGGGGCUCCGCUGCUGUCCUGUGUGUGUGUGUAUGGGUGUAUGUGUCAGUACUCACGAGCCUGGAGUGCGGCUCUAUGGAGCGGGGGCGAGUGCGAGCGGGAGGCGGGGGCUCCGCUGCUGUCCUGUGUGUGUGUGUGUAUGGGUGUAUGUGUCAGUACUCACGAGCCUGGAGUGCGGCUCUAUGGAGCGGGGGCGAGUGCGAGCGGGAGGCGGGGGCUCCGCUGCUGUCCUGUGUGUGUGUGUGUAUGGGUGUAUGUGUCAGUACUCACGAGCCUGGAGUGCGGCUCUAUGGAGCGGGGGCGAGUGCGAGCGGGAGGCGGGGGCUCCGCUGCUGUCCUGUGUGUGUGUGUAUGGGUGUAUGUGUCAGUACUCACGAGCCUGGAGUGCGGCUCUAUGGAGCGGGGGCGAGUGCGAGCGGGAGGCGGGGGCUCCGCUGCUGUCCUGUGUGUGUGUGUGUGUGUGUAUAGGUGUGUGUGUCAGUACUCACGAGCCUGGAGUGCGGCUCUAUGGAGCGGGGGCGGCGGCGCGGGCGCGGGUGCGAGUGCGAGCGGGACGAGGAGCGGGAGGCGGGGGCUCCGCUGCUGUCCUGUGUGUGUGUGUGUGUGUAUAGGUGUGUGUGUGUCAGUACUCACGAGCCUGGAGUGCGGCUCUAUGGAGCGGGGGCGGCGGCGCGGGCGCGGGUGCGAGUGCGAGCGGGACGAGGAGCGGGAGGCGGGGGCUCCGCUGCUGUCGCUCAGACUGUCCUGCGGGGACGCGGUCAGCCCCGUACCUGCAGCGGCCUCGCCGCAACCCUCUGUUGAUAAUUUACCACGCAUAUUCAAAUAUCGCUUCUUUCAAGCUGUGUAA